ACUACUAUGGUUUUCAUAUUUAAGUAGAUUCACGAACUACUUAAAUUGGUACGCGUGGAAUUAGAACUUAUUUGAAGAGAGCUAAUAUGGACACAAACACUGAGGCAGAGAUGGAAAAGGAUCCUAAUGGAUUUCAAAGGCUUCUUUGUGUUUUGGACGUUUGCGGUCUACGAUGUAGUCUACAAACAAGAAAUUUAAAACAACAUCCUAAAGAGAUGACACAGGCUCCAUCAAUGGGAUGUUUGAAAACACCGUCACUUGAUGGGAAAAAAGUAAAAUAUGGAGUAGUUAUGUUCCUAAACAUCUUGGGCGCCGUAUUCGGAAUAGCAAUUCUGAUUUCUUUGGGUUUGAUGAAAUUCGAUCAAACACCUAGUAGAUCACACGGUUGCAGAUAUUCUGCGCAAGUUGGCAAUUAUUACAAUCGAAAAUGUUGGUAUGAUUUAUUGGACAGAUCAGUUUUUAUCCAUUGGACAGUGGCCGAUUAUUUAUUUUUGUCUUGCGGAAUUUUAACCCUUUCAGUUUCAGUUGUUGGCAUGAUCGUAGUCUUUUUCAAAAAGAGGGACUAUGCAACAUUUAUUGGAUUAUUAGUUGUCUGUAUUGUUCUUAACGGAGCUGGACUGGGAAUGGUACAAUCCAGAGAUAUAUAUGACUCAGAUUUAAUUACAGAAAGAGAGAGUAAUAGACUUAUUAAUAGCCUUCGCUAUUCUGUGAAAGUAGCCGACACAGAUGGCUUUGCUAGCUACAGUAUGAGAAACGCUUGGGAGGCUGUUCAAUUAAAUUGCCCGUGUUGUGGAAUAUUCUCGUAUAAAGAUUGGAAAACUAUACCUGAAUCUUGCUCCAAAUAUCAACAGAACACAAUGUGCUUUGGAGAAGAUAGAUACAAUCAUCAGGAAAAGUAUGACAACUAUGGACGCAGAAUUGUGACUCAGCAAUAUAAUAUGAGUGAUAUAAUUUCCAAAAGAGGAUGUCUCCCGUAUUUCAUACAGUCUGUUGCACGCAAUAUAGUUCACUCCAGGCGUCAUUACUUACCCUGUUUUAUUGUAUCUAUUAUAUGCAUUGGUGUAUUGAUUGUCCUUAGAACAUGCCUUCUAAUGCCGUGCUCCUGCAUAAAGAAAAAGAGAUCUUUCGAUGCAGAGCCCCUACUUUCGGAAAAUUCUGAUGAUGAAAUUCUUAAACCUUAG